AUGGCUUACGCAGCGAUGAAAACAAACAAGCCAGGGCUGGAGGAGCCUCAGGAGCAGAUCCAUAAGAUCAGGAUCACUCUCUCUUCCAAGAACGUGAAGAACCUCGAGAAAGUGUGCACUGAUCUUGUUCGUGGUGCAAAGGACAAGAGGCUCAGGGUUAAGGGACCUGUUAGAAUGCCAACCAAGGUUCUGCACAUUACCACCAGGAAGGCUCCUUGUGGUGAAGGUACCAACACAUGGGACAGAUUUGAGUUGCGUGUCCACAAGAGGGUGAUUGACCUCUUCAGUUCACCUGAUGUUGUCAAGCAAAUUACUUCCAUUACAAUUGAACCUGGUGUGGAAGUGGAGGUUACAAUCGCAGACUCUUAA